UAUUAAUCUGUCCUGUAUAUACUCCCGCAGCCAAGCUUAAAGCAAUAACCAGGACGUUGAAGAAUAUACCUGAAAAAUCUCAUCAUACCACCUGAAGUUCUGUACACAGAUAUACUUUGAUAAGUUUAAUACCAAUUUUGGUACUUGUGCAUUUCGCGUGGAAUAUUGGCUCACUGACUGAAAUGGAGCUAAGCAUCUUGUUGAUCAUGUUUCUCCUGUUCAUAUUUGUAUGCUCAGCUUUCGGGUUAGUGUAUAUUUGGAGUUCGCCAAAAGAAAUGGAAGGGAUCCCUGGUAGCUUGGGUUGGCCUAUAAUAGGUGAAAGUUUGUCAUUUCUGUCAGACUUUUCAAGCCCAUCUGGCAUAUUCAGUUUUAUGAACAAGAGGCAGCAGAGAUAUGGAAAAGUGUUCAAGACCUUCGUUUUGGGGAGAUUCACUGUCUUCAUGACAGGCAGAGAAGCAAGCAAGAUUUUAUUGACAGGUAAAGAUGGGAUGGUGAGCUUAAACCUCUUUUAUACAGGGCAGCAGGUGUUGGGUCCAACCAGUUUGCUCCAAGCCAACGGAGAAGCACACAAGCGGCUUAGACGCCUAAUAGCCGAACCCCUCUCUAUCGAUGGUUUGAAAAAGUACUUCCACUUUAUUAACAGUCAGGCAAUUGAAACGCUAGAUCAAUGGUCUGGCCGAAGAGUAUUAGUCCUUGACGAGGCUUCUUCAUUCACUCUCAAAGUAAUAGGCAACAUGAUAAUGAGCCUUGAACCCAGCGGUGAGGAGCAGGAAAUGUUCAGGGCCAAUUUCAAACUUAUUUCUUCUUCGUUUGCUUCCUUGCCUUUUAAAAUCCCAGGAACAGCUUUUUAUUGUGGUAUUAAGGCUCGCGAUAGGAUGUAUGCCAUGAUAGACUCAAUAAUAGCUAGGAGAAGAAAUGGGGAAGUGAUCCAACAAGACUUCCUAGAAUCCUUGAUAAUGAAACACAGCAGGGGAACGGAUACAGGAGAUGAUGAAAAUAAACUCACUGAUCAACAAAUGAAGGACAAUAUCUUAACUUUGCUAGUUGCAGGUCAUGACACCACAACUGCAGCCCUUACAUGGCUCAUCAAAUUCCUCGGAGAAAACCCAGCAGUUUUGGAACAGCUUAGAGAUGAGCACCGGCGAAUUCAAGCAAAUAGAAGGGAUGGAACAGAUCUUACAUGGUUGGAAGUUAAUAAUAUGCCUUACACCGCCAAAGUAAUUAGUGAAACUCUCCGAAUGGCCACAAUUUUACCAUGGUUUUCAAGAAAAGCUGCCCAGGACUUUGAGAUUGACGGUAUUAGCUACAACAUCAAGAAAGGUUGGUCAGUUAACCUGGAUGUUGUCUCCAUACACCACGACCCGGGGACUUUCCCUGAUCCUCAAAACUUUGAUCCUUCCAGAUUCGAUGCACCAGUAAAGCCUUUCAGCUUUCUGGGAUUUGGCAGUGGACCACGAAUGUGCCCUGGAAUGAACCUGGCUAAACUGGAAAUCUCUAUCUUCAUCCAUCACCUGGUCUGCAGAUACAAGUGGAGACCUCUGAAGAGAGAUGAUUCUGUGCAGCCAACACUUGUUCGUAUGCCAAAAAACAAAUACCCUAUCAUGGUUGAACCACUGUGAAACUUUUCCAACUGGGAUUUACAGAAGAAGCACACCGAUGAAAGGCAACAAACAAUGUUAAAGCAUGAAUUCAAGAACAGAAGAUAAAUCUGACCAAGAAAAAGAAAAAGGCUAGAGAAGUAAAUUUUGUAACAAAACUAUAAUUUUGCUAAAAUUUU